AUGGCAUACGUGGAUAAUGCCGAUCAACAUGCAUUCUGCCCGAUUUGCAGGGAGUUAAGGCCAUACUGGACUCACGGGGUUGGCCAGACGGAGUGCUGUGAUGAAACACUUGGUAAGUCUGGCUUUUUCCUGAUCAAGUGCUUCGGACACAAGAAAGCCAGAACGAUGCCACAGUUGUACCUUUUCUUUGCGAGCCUCGGCCCACCAACAGGCUCAGAGUACCGUCAGUACCUGACACCCUUGCAAGGUUUGCAGUCGAAGCAGGUCAAGAGCAUGUUGAACUGGGACGGCGAUUUCAACAUCAUUCUGACACAUUUGCUCUGUGUGAGAUGGGAGAGAAAUGGUGAGCCCACAGGGAAGCAGUGCAAGGAGUUGCUAUAUAAGGAGGGAUUGAUUGACUACAAGAAUGGAUUGGUACAUGGCGAAGUAACGGUGGACCGUCAGGACCUGGACGGAGAUGACAAGAAGUCGAGGGCCACACAGAUUCUCCGUCUUGCAAGGAAAAUUUCACAGCGAACCGAAGACAGUCCAUACAACCUCAGAGAAGUGGGCAGAAGUAUGGCUUGUUCCAAACUCCAGCUCCCAGACAAAGACAACAAAGGUUCGUGUUUGCACUCCAUCGGGUUUGAUGCCGCUUCUGGAAGAAUCGAGGUAAAGUUCAGUAUGCAAGCUCGGAAUGCCAAGGGCGAUGACGGAAUGUUUUGGGGUGAGCGUUUGGUUCGCCGCAAGAAAGACAACAGGUGGCCGGCACGGUAUGUUAUGGAAGAAUAUGUGGCGGACAUCCAUGUCCGAGAAGAUGAAGAUUGGGUACCGGAAGACUUGAAAAGUUCAGAACGCACAUGGGAUAAGUUGGCCCAGGACCUUGCAGAUGAUUUCGUGAAACACGGAAAGCUGAUCUGCGACCCGUUCAAAGCCACGACUUGUCAGGUAGAGGUUGAUAAACCUGAGCAACCUAAGGGUCUGAAGCGUUUCGCCUUGGAGCUUCGUGGCGGACACGAGGCCAUUCCGCACUACUACCAGCAUGACAAGCGUGAUGCAAAGCCGGAGUUCGAACACAGUUCGUUUGACCAUCCAGCAUAUCAUGAGGCCAUGUGGCCAAACACAGGGCGCCGCAUUCAAGGAAGCCCUUGGACGCAUUGCGUUACGAACAAGAAUGGAUACGGAUUCUGGUCCACAAAGACGGAGGAGGCAGGUGAAGGUCGUCAAGGCGGCAAUAGCUGGGAGCCACAGGCACAGCACUCCGCCGCCGCCUCCUCUUCCGCAGCUCCGCCGGGUGAUGCCGCAUGGCAGUGGCAUCAAGACGACAAUGGUCGGUAUGAUGCCUGGCAAUGGCAUCGAGAGGACAAUGGUCGGUAUCAUGCAGAGGCCAAUGGUCGGGAUGAUGCCCCGUGGCAGUGGCGUCGAGAGGCCCAUGGUCGGGAUGAUGCCGCCUGGCAGUGGCAUGGAGAGGACAAUGGUCGGUUUCAUGACGAGGCCAAUGGUCGGGAUGAUGCCCCGUGGCAGUGGCGUCGAGAGGACAAUGGUCGGUAUCAUGCAGAGGCCAAUGGUCGGGAUGAUGCUACAUGGCAAUGGCGUCAAGAGGACAACGGCGCCUGGCAGUGGCAUCGAGAGGACAAUGGUCGGUAUCAUGCAGUGGCCAAUGGUCGCGAUGAUGCCCCGUGGCAGUGGCGUCGAGAGGCCAAUGGUCGGGAUGAUGCCGCCUGGCAGUGGCGUGGAGGGGACAAUGGUCGGUAUCAUGCAGAGGCCAAUGGUCGGGAUGACGCUACAUGGCAAUGGCGUCAAGAGGACAAUGGGGCCUGGUAG